AUGAGCACAGUAUUUGAAUUCGAAGACGAGGAUCUAGCUGCAUUACAACGCCGUUCAAGCCACGAUUCAGCCUGCCAUCGAGGAGAGGGAUACGCUUCCGAAGAUGAUACAACUGCACCAAGUCGUGCCUCCAUGGAUGGGCGGCUCUAUGAAGUAUCUUUGGAUGAGAUCUUUGUUGCAUCCUCGGUCAGGGAGAAGAGUACCAGCAGCCACAAGCGACGUCCAAAGGUGAACCGGGAUGAUUUCGAAAUGCUCAAGGUGCUUGGUCGUGGAGCUUAUGGCAAGGUGACGCUAUGUCGACAUGUGGAGAGCCGUCAAUUAUACGCCAUGAAAGUACUCAAAAAGGCAUCAUUGCUGGUCCAUACCAAGAAUGCAGAGCAUAUCAAAUCUGAACGGCAAAUCCUUGAAGAAGUGCGACAUCCUAGCAUCGUUCAAUUGAUGUAUGCUUUCCAAACUGAAGACCGAUUGUUUCUGAUAUUGGAAUAUGCCAUGGGUGGUGAGCUUUUUACUCACAUGGCUACAGAGAAAAUGUUCCCAGAAAGGGUGGCUCGCUUUUAUCUUGCAGAACUCGUCUUGGCCUUAGGUCAUCUUCACUCACUCGGCAUUGUGUACCGCGAUCUAAAGCCUGAGAAUUGUUUAUUGGAUGCUGAAGGCCAUGUCAUGCUUACGGAUUUUGGGCUUUCAAAAGUGGCACUUGGAGAUGGCAGAGCAAAUACAGUUUGCGGAACGGCGGAAUAUAUGGCACCAGAGAUAUUGAUGGAGAUGCAUUAUGACAAAUGUGUGGAUUGGUGGUCACUCGGCAUUCUCAUGUUUGAAAUGCUCACUGGGGAUACUCCCUUCCGUGCAUCAAACAAAAAGAAGACAUUGGAUGCUAUACGCAAAAAGAAACCUCAAAUACCCAAUUACGUUACCUCAGAUGCCAAGGACAUGCUCAAUAAGUUUCUGCGCAAGAACCCAAAUACACGUUUAGGAUAUGGUGAUGAUGGCACUGAGGAGGUCAAGGCACACAAGUGGUUCCGUCGUAUCAAUUGGACAUCCAUCAAAGACCGUAAAGUGACACCUCCCUUGAAACCAAAGAUUACAGACCCCGAGCUUGCAGAAAAUUUCGAUGGCAAAUUCACUCGUGAAUCGAUCAAAGAGACUCCUGUGGAAACAAGCCUUGAUGCUCACAUGCACAAUUACUUUGAGAAUUUCAGUUACGUCGCUCGAUCGCAUAUCUUGACUAGCCAGUUUGAACAAUGA